UUGCAUUUAGUUUAGUCCGCAACGCGCCGUUUGACCGAACGGACGUGUAUACGCGCGCAAAUACGUUGGGAAAUAAUAUCGUUGUUUAUUUAUUUAUCUUCAAUUGCAUAUCUUUUAAAUUAAUUUGUGAUUAACAAUUUUCUGAACUUAAUUUGUGACUAGUUACUAUUUACUGAACAAUAAUCAACAUUCAUGAACUGUGAUCGUGUUUUUGACCGUUUCAAACAAUAACAAAACGGUAGAAAAUAUUGUGCGAGACAAGUCGAAAUGAGCGGAUUGACCAACAGAGUUAAAAGAGGAUCGAGGGGUAGUGCAACUCUGCUCGAAGCAGCAAACAGGAUUUUGCGGUUACUUGGCGUCAGCUCUACUAAGCGCGGGAAACAGCCCUCGCCCAAAUCUAAGAUCAACGAUCGAGCAUCUAGUGAGUUACGGGCCCCAAUUGCUGCGGCCGAAACCAUAGUAGAGACACCGAUCAAGAUGCAAGCAGCUCCUGCGCCCGCACCGGCCACGCCGGCGCCGGCGUCUGCCGCACCCGUUGCACCUGCCUCAUCACCGGCUCCCAGCCAGGCGCAAAAGCCCACCAAGCGAACUGCUAAGGACUAUAUUUUUGGCAAAUUAAUCGGCGAGGGCUGUUACAGCACCGUGUUUCUUGCAAAGGAUAUUCACAGUGGAAAGGAAUAUGCAAUUAAAGUGUGUGAAAAACUUCACAUCAUUCGAAAGAAGAAAAGAGAGUACAUUAAACGCGAGAAAGACGCCUUAAACAUGUUGUUCAAUGUACCUCAUGGUUUCGUGAAACUUUACUGCACAUUUCAAGAUGAAGAAAGGCUUUACUUCGUCUUAUCCUUUGCAAAAAAUGGCGAAUUGUUAUCUUACAUUAAUCAAGUUGGCUCUUUUGAGCUUAACGUAGCAAAAUUUUAUGCGGCUGAGUUGUUGAUGGCCUUAGAAAAAAUGCACGCAAAAGGAAUAAUUCACCGUGACUUAAAACCGGAAAAUAUAUUAUUAGAUGAAAAUAUGCACUUGCAAAUUGCCGAUUUUGGAACGGCUAAAAUUCUGGAGCCUGAAGAAAUUCGUGCUUCACCAAACAAUGCUGAUAAUGACGCCCAAAAUGAACGAUCUAGAAAAAUUAGUUUCGUUGGAACACCACAGUAUGUAAGUCCAGAAUUAUUACAUGACUGUGUAGACACCCGUGCCUCAGACCUGUGGGCGUUGGGAUGCAUCAUUUACCAAAUGAUUUCGGGUUUGCCUCCGUUCCGCGCAGCUACGGAGUUCCUCACUUUUCAAAAAAUUCUCAAGAUGGACUUUGAAUUCCCAGAAGGAUUUCCGGCUGAUGCUAAAGACCUUGUGGAAAAACUGUUGGUACUAGACCAUACUAAGAGACUUGGCGCUAAUGAUAAGGGAGAAACUUAUGAUAGUAUUCGCAAUCAUCCAUUUUUCGCCGGAAUUGACUGGGAUAGCGUGUGGGAACAGACGCCACCCACUAUUAGCCCGUAUUUGCCCGGUGGUUCGUUUGAAGAAGAAUACAAUGUGCCAGAUCAUCUUGAACCCGGAUUGGGCAAUAAGCAACUCGUGAGACUGUGGGAAUUCGACUUAUCUACCUCUAAAGGAAUCUUAAACAUUAGUCCAGAAGAAAAACGUCGUCGCCUCGAAGUUCAAUCCCGGGAAAGCAAGUGGCAUCAGUUCGUAGAUGGAGAGCUAAUUUUGAAGCAAGGUCUGGUUGACAAAAGGAAGGGACUGUUUCCACGACGUCGUAUGCUACUGCUCACCACAGGACCGCGCCUAUUUUACGUCGAUCCAGCCAACAUGGUGCUCAAGGGUGAGAUCCCUUGGUCACCCGAACUACGAGUCGAAGCCAAGAACUUCAGAAUAUUUUUAGUGCACACGCCAAACCGUACAUAUUACCUAGAAGACCCAGACUCGUAUGCUUUGGAGUGGGCAAGCGUUAUCGACGAAGUGCGCAUCGGUACAUAUGGACGGGACACGACUUAAACGACGGCGCGGCCGCAGCUCCGAGUCGCGCCCGCGCCGCCGCCGCGGCCCCCGGGCCCCGCGCCCGCUCCUCGUCCCUCAUGCGGCGAGUUCACACUUCUAGGUUACUUCUAGCCUUGAUUUAGAGCAUGGCAAAUUCCAAGCCGAAAGCUUUCGCGUCGAUGAUCGACCUCGUGCGUGUCCGUAAGUUCCGCAUCGGCCGGUGCGGGGCCGGCUCGCCUCGUGACGCCGCCGUCGCUGCCGAGCUCAGUGGCGUCGCCACGGAGCGUGCCGCGAGCUGCGGGCGGCGCUACAUAUGUUCAAAAAGCGCAUGAAGACACGCCCGCGCCGGCACCCGCACGCUCCGCAAGCCGGACGGCUACGAGACGACGACCGAUCGACUACUGCUCGAUCACUGUGGAUACUGAUUGACUGAUUCCUAUUAAUAAUAAUAUCCCGACUAUCUUAAAUUAUUGUAAUUUAAGUUCCUUAUUUAAUUGUGGAAUACCGACGAUGAUGUGUAAAUAUGUCUUAAAUUAUUAUUGCGAUUGCUUAGUAAUAGUUAAUUGUGGGGCGAUGUAACUUUUAUUGUAUACGGGCCUCUUGUAAGAAUGGACUUGUUAUUCACCACCUGCGUGUUCACGAAGCCCAUUCCGGUUGGUAACUAGGCAAUUUAUAGCUAAAUUUAAUAUUUAUUUUAUGUUUAAUUAUUUGCCAACGGAAUGUGACUGCUGUACAGUUAUAACCGUAGAAAAUUAUGAUUGGUAUGUUUCUAUAUUCUACUUCAACUAUUUAUCGGUGACAAUUGGAAAAUAUAGAUAAGAAUUAGCGAAGUUGUAUAUUUUAAAGGUAAUUGCUAAUUGUCACACACUAGUUGCUGUGGAAAUAGAAGCAGCUAUACGUAAGAAGGGUAGCUUCUUCAAUAGUUGAGAGUUAUGGCGAGCGAUCCGGCAGAGAUUGGCCACCUACUUUCACAACUCAGUUUGAGUAAAAUUAUGCUCCCUGGUAUCGAUGAACGCAUCGUCUGGGAGCUUCAAUGCUUUUUAAUGUGCAAGUUACUUGUGCUCUUUAUUCUAACAUAGCAAAGGUAUACGGAUAAUGCCACCAAAGGUGACAAUUACUGCUAUUUCAUUGCUUGGUAUUUAAUUGUCUAAAAUAUAUUAUUUUUGUUAAUUGCAGUUUGAUUAAGACAUUGGGAUUGCUUAAUGGAUAGUGACUAGUGCAAAUUUGUUUUUGUUUUGUGUUGUUCUGAACAGUGAUUUUAUGGCCAUAGCAAUUAAUAUUCAAUGUCAUGGCAAUUUAAGUUCUAAAAUUAUCAUUUAAUAAUAGCAGGUAUAAUAAAAUGCCUAAAACUUGCCUGUUAUAUUUAACAUUAGGGCUUAAUGGGAUUUAAUCCAUAGUUCAAUAUGAAACCCUCAUUUAGCAAAAUGUAGUUGAUAAGAUUUCACUAAGUAGCAUGAAGGACUUUUCUAUUCAUUUUGUAGUGUUUUAUGGGCGAUGAGUUACAACAUUAUAAAUUGGUCAGCGUAAAUUGGACUUUUCCAUGACAUUGUUAAUAAAUAAUUAAAACCUGCAUUUAAAAUUUAAUAACUGUUAACUAUUGUAAUUAUAUUUUACAACAUUUGUAUUGCGUAAAUUCCAUAAAGUAACAAAAUAAGAAAUUGAAAAUAAAUUGAAGUUGAUUUUUUAUGA